CUUACCAUACCCACCACGUCCAUAGAGUCCGAGGCCAUAACAAUCUUUAGAAACGAGCUGAACCCUAAAUCUCUCAGAAGACCCGAAGUCAAGCGCGCCGCUCCGUUUCGGACCCGACCUUCUCUCUAGUCGCCGACGCCAUUACUCCGUCCGGCGGGCAUCUCCUCCUUCGAUUUCUCCAAAGGUUUGCACUGUGCGCGACUUAUACACCUUUCAAUUGCAUAUUUAUUUGCCUGUGGUUAGGAAAAAUAUGUCUGCCGGCGAAGCCAUUUCCACUCUAAGCAAGAGAACAGGACUGCCUCGUAAGCGCUUUUACCGAGCCAGGGCUCAUAGCAAUCCUCUGAGCGAUUCACAUUUCCCUGUCCCAAUUUGCCCCUCUCAAGUUGAUUAUGCAUCUCAUUAUCCAGUAUUAUCUGCUGGGAACUCGAAAAAGAUCGAAUUUGCAGAUGUAGGGUGUGGAUUUGGCGGCCUUUUGAUUUCCCUUUCGCCCCUCUUUCCCCAAACCCUAAUGAUUGGGAUGGAAUUGAGGGACAAGGUGACAGAGUAUGUGAAGGAGCGGAUUGUCGCGUUGAGGGCUAAUAAUCCGGGGCAAUUCGGGAACAUUUCGGUCGUAAGAACGAAUUCGAUGAAGUACAUUCCGAAUUUCUUUGAAAAAGGGCAGCUUAGGAAGAUGUUCUUCUUGUUCCCUGACCCACACUUUAAGGAGAAGAACCAUAGGCGGCGAGUGAUUAGCCCUAAUUUGUUGGAUGAGUAUGCUUAUGCUCUUGCUGUUGGGGGUGUGAUCUAUACCGUCACGGACGUGGAGGAGCUGGGGGAGUGGAUGAAGUCUUGUUUGGAAGAUCACCCAUUGUUUGAAGCUCUUUCUUGUGAAGAGCUUGAAGGCGAUCCCGCUGUCAAGCUACUGAUUACUGCAACUGAGGAAGGUCAGAAGGUUGCCCGGAAUGGCGGGGAGACCUUUCAAGCUGUUUAUAGGCGCAUUGCUACGGUUUGACGUGUUCUUGCAUUGGAGUUUUGGGUAUUCAUCUGAACUUUGUUGUUGUCUUAUUAAGGGUUGGUUAUUGAGUUGGGAUGGAGGUGAUUUGAGGGUUUGGGAGGGUUGAGUAUUUAUAUCUUGAUGUGUAUUUUGAGAUAUUUUUAGAAAAUUUUGUAAGGUUGACAUAAAAUGUGAUUGUUUAA